AACUCUCGCAAAGUCUCGCGAUGGCUGACACUUCUCGCGACGUGUUGCUGUGCUAACCUGCGCGGGCGGUGUAGCAGCUGUAUGUGCUCGGCUGGUGGUGGAAGUGAACUGUUAUAAACUGGAAAACAAGGCUGUGGGAAGCCCUGAACCCUGAUCAGAUCAUCAUGUCAGAGCUGAGCGGGAAGGUCCAGACCGUCCUGGGUCUGGUGGACCCGGACCAGCUGGGCCGCACAAUGACCCACGAGCACCUGACCAUGAGCUUCGAGUGCUGCUACUUUCCCCCUCCCCUGGGUGAUGAGGAGGUGGCGGAGAACCCGUUCCAGAUGCGGCACAUGCACUGGCUGAGGCAGAACCCCUACAGCUGCCACGAGAACCUGCUCCUGCAGCAGGAGACCGCCGCCGUCAGGGAGGAGCUGCUGGCCUACAGGAAGGCCGGGGGGGGCACGAUAGUGGAGAACACCACCACGGGCAUCGACCGGGACCUGCCCACGCUCCGGCAGCUGGCCAAGGACACCGGGGUCCACGUUGUGGCAGGAGCAGGGUACUAUGUGGACUGCACCCACACUGAGGCCACCAAGAAAAUGAGUGAGGAGAAGCUCACAGACAUCAUCGUCAGUGAGGUGCUUCACGGCGCAGACGGCACGGACAUCCGCUGCGGAGUGAUCGGAGAGAUCGGCACCGGCUGGCCCAUCACGGAGAGUGAGAAGAAGGUGCUGAGGGCCUCGGCCCACGCCCAGGCUCAGCUCGGCUGCCCCGUCAUCAUCCACCCAGGCAGGAACCCCGCUGCUCCAGCUGAGGUCGUCCGGAUACUCCAGGAGGCCGGCGGUGACAUCAGCAAAACUGUCAUGUCUCACCUGGACAGGACCAUAUUUGAUGAGGGUGAACUGCUCGAAUUUGCUAAACUGGGGAGCUACCUGGAGUACGAUCUGUUUGGAACGGAGAUGCUGAACUACCCGUACAACCUGGAGGUGGACAUGCCCAGCGACAGCCAGAGAGUCAAGACCUUGGCGUUCCUGGUGAAGGAGGGCUACGAGGACAAGAUCGUGGUCGCACACGACAUCCACACCAAGAACCGGCUGACCAAGUUCGGCGGCCACGGCUACUCCCACAUCCUGAAGAACAUUGUGCCGAAGAUGCUGAUGAGGGGCAUCUCUCAGCACCAGGUGGAUAAGAUUCUCAUUGACAACCCCAAACACUGGCUGACCUUCAAAUAAAGUAAAAAAAGAAAAAAAAAGAGAGAGAGACCCGAGGCAGGCAGUUUGUGAUGUAGCAAUUAUUUUAUCUUCAGAUGAUGACACCCCACAAUGAAUAUUUUGAGAUCUUUGCAAUAAUCACAGUCCAAAGUGAUUCAUAAAUGUGAUUUUUGGACCCUUAAACCAAUGAGCUUACAGUGUAUGUGCACUAAUUUGUCUUUAAAGUCAAUGUUCUUACAUUUUUUCAGCAAAGAAAAAUGUUUUUUUUUUUACUCUUUCUUUUCAUUGGAAAGUAAUUACAGGCUGUUGUUUCAUCCAGCUGAAAGAGUUUUUAUACAGACCCUUAUUAAUUAAAACUUCAUUUUCUGUUUGUGAUUAUACAUCAUUCACUCUCUAAGCAAAUUAUAUAAAGGAGCCUUGCAGGAUCACAGUGCCUCUCAUUAGCGGUCUUGUUUUGGUCCCAUUUAUGCCACACACACAAAAAAAAAACAAAACAGCUUGUGUUUGUCUGCAGAAAUGUGAGUACAGUCUAAGACAAAUCCUUUCCACUCUGUGGAGGUAUUGUCUACAGUGGUGCUCAAACAUGGUGCUAAUUGAUUUUUCAAUUUCAAUGUCAGCGACGUUUGCUGCUUUCCUUUUGUAUUUGUAAGUGACAUUUCUGCAAACAGGUUUUAUGGGAGGGAAAAUAACGAGCUGCGUUAGUAAUCAGUAUGCUGCUCUGCUCUCGACACAGUGCGGCUGUGUUAGAUGAGUUGUCCUGUUGCCCCUCAGUGGGUGCCUGGGUGUCUAUGGGAGGCUGGCUGCUGUCUGGCAGGCCCAGAUGAAGGACAUGUUCUCCUCUCACCUGGGAACAGGUGGCCUCACAGGGUGACUUCGCCACAUGAUCAAUGGCAUGAUCGCAACAGCUGACUGUGCACCCGUGGAAAAAAAAAAAAAAAAAAAAAAAAAACGACACAACUUUGAUUAAUCUUCCUCUAAGAGGAUGAGAAAGUGAUUCAGAGGAUUUUCAUUUUAACAUUAUAUUUUACACUUGAGUUAACAGUCUAUCUGGAGGGGUUGGGGGUGGUUUAACAAUCGGCAGGCGGGUCGGUGAGUUGUUUUUGAGCUCGGGGAAACAUUUCUGUCCAUGUGACUGUCCAGUUUUGUGAUGGUGACUAACUACCAGACCACCCUGUUGCCCCAACCAGCUGUCCACACUGAGACAGACAAGAAAAAUGAGUGGCGAUGAUCAUUUUGUGACAGCACUUCAAUGUGAACACCAGAAUGGCCCUUUACAGAUUUCUAUUUCUCUUUAAAGUCUUUUUUUAUGCUGCACAGAGUUAAAAUGUUAAAUUUCUAUAAUCAUGCAUCACUACAGCUUUGAACAUUUUCACUCAAAAUGCAACAAUUAUCACAUAUUUUUGAAAAAUAAAGCACACAUGUGGACUAACAA